AUGUCUCCUACUGCCAUAACCGAGCCCACGAUGGACUCCCGUAAGAGGGCAUAUGUUACUUUCUUGGCUGGGAACGGUGAUUAUGUGAAAGGUGUUGUAGGUUUAGCUAAGGGUUUAAGGAAAGCGAAAUCUGCAUACCCUCUUGUGGUGGCUAUUUUGCCUGAUGUGCCUGAGGACCACCGCAAGAUUCUAGAAUCUCAGGGCUGUGUCGUCCAUGAGAUUGAGCCAGUGUGUCCACCAGAAAACCAGACUCAGUUUGCCAUGGCUUAUUAUGUGAUUAACUACUCAAAACUUCGUAUUUGGGAGUUUGUUAACUAUGAGAAGAUGGUAUACUUGGAUGGGGAUAUUCAAGUCUUUGACAAUAUUGAUCAUCUUUUUGAUGAGCCGAAUGGAUAUUUCUAUGCUGUGAUGGACUGUUUCUGCGAGAAGACAUGGAGUAGCACCCCUCAGUAUCAGAUUGGAUACUGCCAGCAAUGCCCUGAAAAACCUAAUCUCCUGACUUACUUGGAUCUCUUGGAGACCCUCAAAGUCACCCCUCCUACUUCAUUUGCUGAGCAGGAUUUUCUGAACAUGUUCUUCAGGGAUGUGUACAAGCCUAUCCCUCCUGUGUACAACCUUGUUUCGGCUAUGUUAUGGCGCCAUCCUGAAAAUUUCGACCUUGACAAUGUGAAGGUUGUCCACUAUUGUGCUGGGGGUGCAAAGCCAUGGAGGUAUACUGGCAAGGAAGAAAACAUGGAUAGAGAGGACAUCAAGGUUUUGGUGAAAAAGUGGUGGGAAAUAUACGAGGAUGAGUCGUUGGACUACAAGAAUAUUACCGUGCCCGUUGAUCAAGAAAAACUCGGAUCCCUGAUAGCGGCAUUGACUGGGGAUGGAGUGGUUAACCACAUGAAUCUACCAUCUGCAGCUUAA